GCGAGUAUAAAAUCGGGUAACCGCCACGUUUUCGCAACAUUCCAUAUCCAAUUAAGCUCAGCAAAACGUGCUCGCUACAGUCGGCUUCCCAACUUUAUUUGUGCCAUCCUGUGGUUUACCGAGUCGCGUGUGUCGCGUGAAAUACAUAAACAUUUACUGUUCUAUCUUCGUUAACGAGACAUUGUUCUCACAUUUAUUCAAUCACGGAAUCGUUCUUCCUGCAUAGAGUGUUUCCCCUUUAAAGAACUUUUUGUUCUUCUUAAUUCUUUCUUUUCAUUUCGUUUCUUAAUUUCCGCGUCUUUCCUUUUCCUUUACCGGUCUCUUCGUUUUUGUGUUUCUCCUUUUACAAAUUCGUUACUACAAGCUUCUACUUCUCCAGUGUUGUCUUCAACACAUUUAAUUGUUUUACUUGUUUUUUGUUAGCAGUUUUCUCGAUUGCUUCUCGAGUUUCUCAACAAUAUUUCCUGAUUCCUAACUGCCGUAAUUUUCUACCUUAUUUUAGGAUUCAGCAAAGCUCUUUCAGUCCUUUUUCAGUUCUCCCAUUCUGGAAUUAUCGCCAUUCAUUUUUUUGUUCAAGUCUAAUAUCCGACUUUUUUUAGUUUCAACAAUACCCUUUUAUUGAGUUUCGGAACUUGAAGAUUACGACGUCUUCGUUGGUUCCCUUAUUUUAAUUUCUUCUCUGUUUUUCCAAUUUUGCUUCUAUAAUUCAUGAAAAUGAAGCCCAAUUCGCCGACUACAGUCAAUGAAAAACCAAUUGAGUUGGAUUACUCGGACGACGAUAUCCAUCCCAUUGGCACCCAGACUUCAAAUGCUGUUGACUCUUCUGAAUUCUCCCCGGUCUCUGACACAAAGGUGGAUGAGAAGAAGGGUGGAUUUGUUCACGCUGUAAAGGUGGGUGAACAUAGUGAUGGUCAUAUUUCUGAAGGCUCUGUUGAAGACGAUAUUUAUGUUAAUGAAAAGGGUCAAGAGGACUCUCCCUACGCCGAAGUUCGUGCCUGUGUCGAUCCGACUGAUGACAUCCAUUUGCCUUGCAAUACCAUUCGUAUGUGGGUCGUUGGACUGUUGUUCUCGACCAUUGGUGCUGGUGUCAACUUAUUCUUUUCCCUUCGUAACCCAACUGUGUAUAUCUCUGUACUUAUUGCUGAGCUUCUUUCUUAUCCUGCUUUGCAAUUAUGGGAUCUAAUCUUCCCCGACCGUGAAUGGCGCAUCGGUCGCUUCCGCUUUAACCUUAAACCUGGUCCAUUCAAUUUGAAGGAACAUGCUCUUAUCGUCGUCAUGGCCAAUGUCUCAUUUGGUAACGCUUAUUCUACCGAUAUUAUUCUCGCGCAACGUGUUCGCUACGGGCAAAACUUUGGAUUCGGUUACGAAAUUUGUCUGACAUUGGCAACUCAAUUAAUUGGUUAUGGUCUUGCUGGUCUCUCUCGUCGCUUCCUUGUGCGUCCAGCGAGUAUGAUCUGGCCUGGAAAUCUGGUUCAGUGUACUAUGAUUAAGACGUUGCACCACAACGACAGCAAGAAGGUAGCCAAUGGCUGGCGUAUUCGUCCCUUCUUGUUUUUCUUCUUCGUUAUGAUCGGCGCAUUCGUCUGGAAUUGGUUCCCCUCGUACAUCUUCCCUGCGCUUUCGCUGUUCGCCUGGGUCACUUGGCUUCGGCCGAAUAGCCCAGUGGUCAAUCAAUUGUUUGGUGAAACAACGGGUGUUUCAUUGCUGCCAAUGACAUUUGACUGGAACCAAGUCAGUUCAUACAUGGGAUCACCACUUGUUUGUCCUACCGAUGCUCUUACAAACAUCCUCAUCGGUACAGCUUUCUUUUUCUGGAUUGUCACUUGCGGAAUUCAUUACAGCAACAAAUGGUAUUCGGAGUAUCUACCAAUCAGUUCUUCGGGUAUUAUGGAUAACCAGGGUAAUUCGUACAAUGUUACACGAAUCCUCACUGCUGACAAGCGCUUUGACCCCGAUGCAUACCGCACUUACUCUCCACUGUUUUUGUCCACCACAUACGCACUGUCUUUUGGUCUUUCCUUUGCCUCCAUCUCUGCAGUCAUCACGCAUGUUUUGUUGUAUAACGGAAAAGACAUUUGGGACCGUUUCAAGCAAAAGUCCAAGCCUGACAUCCAUGAAAAGCUCAUGCAACAAUACGAGGAAGUCCCCGACUGGUGGUAUCUGUCACUGUUCGUGAUCUUUUUUGGCUUGAUGCUGGGCGUCUGUUAUGGUUGGGACACAGAAACGCCCGCUUGGGUCGUCAUCAUUGGUCUUAUCUUGGCCCUCAUUUGGUUCUUACCUAUCGGUAUCGUCCAAGCAGUGACCAACAUCCAGAUCGGUUUGAAUGUAUUUGCUGAAUUCAUCGUAGGUUACAUGUACCCUGGCCAUCCAUUGGCUAUGAUGAUUUUCAAGACUGUCACAUACAUUACCAUGGCCCAGGGUUUGGGCUUCGUUGGCGAUUUGAAGUUCGGCCAUUACAUGAAGCUGCCUCCGAAAACAAUGUUUUGGACCCAGACAGUUGCAACCAUCUGGUCUUGCUUCGUUCAAAUUGGCGUGCUUGACUGGGCUCUCACAAACAUUGAUGGUGUCUGUAAGAAAGGACAAGCAGAUAACUAUACGUGUCCUGGUGCAACCGUCUUCUUCAACUCAAGCGUCGUAUGGGGUGUUAUUGGACCGAAGAGAAUGUUCUCUGGAAAGAGUCUGUACACCGGCCUUCAAUGGUUCUGGCUUAUCGGAGUAGUAGUUACCAUUCUGUUCUGGGCCCUUCACAGAAAAUGGCCGAACGCGCUUAUUGGAAAAUUAAACGCACCCUUGUUCUUCGGCGGUACCGGAUACAUUCCUCCUGCAACCCCAACGAACUACUACUCCUGGUGUGGUGUCGGCUUGUUCUUUAAUCAUUACAUCCGUAGACGGUUUGCCGACUGGUGGACCAAGUACAACUUCAAUCUUUCCGCAGGCCUGGACACUGGAACCCAAAUCGGUGUCAUUAUCAUUUUCUUCUGCUUGCAACUUCAAAAAAUAGACUUUCCAAGCUGGUGGGGUACCACCGGAGCACUGAACACUAUGGAUGCCAAUGGCGAAGCCAUAAGAAAGGUGGUGAACGCAACGGCUGGUGAAUUCUUUGGUCCAUCUUCUUGGGAAUAACAUCCAAACUCGUUUUUUUCUUUUCGCUAGCCCGACUAUUUUUAACCGUUCUAAUAUAUAAAUAUAUAUAUGUUGCUAGUUUUCUUUUCAAUAGACAAUUUGUAGUAAGACGAAAUGAAGACGAAAA